CCCCAAUUGCCUCGGUUUCACUGGAUUGAAACGUCUUUGGAGUACGCCGCGAAAGAAGAAGCGACAUGGUCCCAAACAAUGAUGCUCCCGACGAGAAGAGAAGCAAGAAGCGACGUCGCUCUCGCAAACAUAGCGUCAGUUCCAGUGGAAGUGUGUCGUCAUGCAGCUCAUCGGCCUCGAGCAAGUCCGAAGCAACACGCAGGCGACCAACCCAUACCGAUCUAGAAAAAGAUCCGAAAAGCUCCGCGAUUGCCACGCUGGAAUCGAACUUGCCGGUAGCCACGACCACCGCCCUUCAACUGGACGAAGUAAUUCCCCCACGCCACAAGAGCCCUCUCAAAUGGAGGCUGUCUUUCGCCGCCGAUUUCCAGCGCAAGUCCUCGGACCCCAGCGAGCCUCAGCAGCAACUCGCUUCCGCCGACUUUGGUCCGGUAGAACCUCACGUUGCUACUCCCACUGCUCCGACGACGGAGAAGCCUGGAGAGAGCAACCGGCUCCCAGUGCAGGAGGACCAACAGGCGCCCCAGCCAGAAGGUGAAACCGCCCUGCUAGCUCAGUCUCCGGAGUGCGCCGUCAGCGGUGCGAAUACACUCCAGACGCUGUCCGCGACCUCGAUCAAGGGGAGGGCCGAGGGCUCUCCGAAGCUCUCGGAAGGACAGCCGGAGCCACAAGAUGGACGCAAAGUGAGCCAGUCAAGUCGCAAAGCGAGUUUAUCUCACCAGCACGCUUCGUUGUCCUCUGUCCUUCUUGAACUUAACACCAUCAACAAAGAACACCUCGAAGGCCAGCGAAUCAAGUCAGAAGCUCGGAGGACCUCGUACUUUGAUUUGAAUCACGAUCCACGCAGCACUAAGAUUGUCCUAACUGCAACAGGUGUGUCAAUCAAGGUGCAGCACCUCACCCUUGUGAUCGUCCUUAUGCUGAUCGUGACGGCCGUGACAAUCGUCAUUGUGUUUCUGUUCGCACGAGGCGCCAAAUCACCACCAUCGCCACCGUUCUGCAAGACUGAGGACUGCCUCGUCCACUUGUGGCGCCUCUCUAAUGGACUAAACCGCGACCUCGAUCCAUGCCACAACUUUAGCGCCUACGUCUGCUCCGCUUGGUCGCCUCCGAAAGGCUACCUAGUGUACUCGAACUCCGCCAUGGAUGACGUUAGGAAAGCGUGA